CCUUGUUGAAAAUGCACCGAUGCCUUCAUAGAUGUGGUAUUACACGUGUUUUUAUUGCAACAUUGUGCUUGAAAAGCAGCGAAAUUUUUGGAGAGAUGGGCUCUUUUUCUAAAUAGCAUAUAGAAGGAUUUCUGGAAUCGGCUCAUCUUGCAUAGUGUGUUCGGGAUGACGCGUGAUUCCGGUCGAAAGAAACAGGAUCGUCGAAGAAGUAGCAUCAAACUUCCUAAGGGCGCUUACACUUUGGAUAAACGGCUUGUUCCACGAGUGAAAGAGGUAAAUACAGGAAGUGAAUAGCGAGUAACUUAAGGAAAUUUUGUCUCUAUGCGAAGGAAGACUUUGAUUUUGAUUAAAACAAGAAGUGUAAUUUUUCAUUGUGUGUUUGUUCCUCAAAUCAAAGUAUCUGAACCAGUUUAGAAAAGGACACCAACCAGACAUCGAAGAACUGGUGAACCAUUUACAGACAAGAUAUAAGUAAGUGUUAUUUUUGUUUUGCUUUAUAUUCGGGGUUUUAGGCCCUUUUAAGUGCUCAGAUUUUUAGAUUGUAGCCCAACCUUAGUUAUUGGAACCUGAAAAAUUAAACCUGAUUAUCUUAUAAUUUUCAAUCUUGAUGGUUUUGUCGAUCGUCUCUUUCUGACAAGUAGAUUUAUUUUUAAAGUAAAUUCUGAGCCAGAUUCAGGCCCAGAUCCAAGUCAGUUGACUGACUUACAGUUAUUUAACUUUCCAAAUAGGAACUAAUUUGCAUGGUGGUUAGGAUUUGUUAGCUGCAAUUUGCUUUGGGUUAGCAUUUAUUGACUGAAGUAUGGCAUUCAAUUUGAGGUUGGCUUUGCAUUAUAUGCUGGUUUUUAGAUAUAUAUGUGGUCUAAAAAUUAUUAAAUUAAGAAAGAAGUAGAUCCUUGGCUCAGUCCCUAUCCGAAAUGUUUGACUGAUAUUAAAAAAACCAUUUGUCUGCAAUUUACAUACCAUGAAUUGAUGACUCUCUUAAUUUCUUGACAAGGACUUGACAAUGGCUUGGGCUUGGGCUUGGACUUAACUUAACCAAUUUACUCAAUCUUCUCCAUUAAUCUAUUUUUUCAAGGGUUUAAUUUAUAUUUUAUAAAGGUAUCUUUUGAUGACAAUCAAUACUUUACAGUUACAACUCAGAUGCAUAUGUGUGCCAGACCUAGUCAACAAAAAGCUCCAUCCUUUCAUUUUGUCUUAACCAACUUCUCCUGUUUGUUUUCCCACUAAGCUGUUUGGAAAGGUUGCCAUCUAUGACAGCAUUUUUUUGGAUUUUUUUUAUAAUGACUAAUCAAUGUAAUUUAGAGGAAGAGCAUUAUCCUCCAUCUUUGCAGAAUCAUAUUAUAUUUUGUAAAGUUUAAAAACAUAGCCCAUUUUUUAAUUUUUGUUUUGUUUUACAGUGAAUAUUCAAGAAGAAAAAGAAGAGCUUUUAAGCAAUCUGUGGAGAAAGGUAAAAUUGUAUUUCCUAGUAAAAUUGCUUUAAGUUAUCUUUAAUUUUUUCUAAAUUAUUGCUUUGUACUUUGGAUUAUUUUCAGUUUGUGAUGCAAUUGCUAAGGAGCGAGAGGAAGACAAACACCUUCAGCACUUGGAAGAAAGGUUUCUUCAAAAGCGAAAAAACUCACCUGACCUCAGGUACAAUUCAUUGCCAUAAAUUUUGUCUAUCAGUUAUUUGUCUUGGGGCAAAAAAAUUGGUGUGUUUGAGUGAUAUUGAUUUUAUCUUUUCAGGAAUAUUAUAGAUGAUGAUGAUGAUGGAGAACAGGGAAGUAUUAAUGACAGUCAAGAUGGAUCUAGUGAUAGUGAGUUCUCCUUAGGAGAUGAACCACUUAUGGAGGUGCAUGUGAGUGGUAAAAAUUGUUUUCAUUGUUAAGAACAAAAAUAGUCAUGGUAACAGAUGGUGAAUAGUGUUUAUCAAUGAUUUGUUUCAUGGAAUUUGUAAAUGUCAUUUAAUGCAAAAUCUUUUAUUCAUUGUCAAGAAUGCAAAUUCUCUUACUUUGUUGUGUAGGAUUACAUUUUAUUGUAUUUAUUUUACAACUUUUGUUAAAAUAAAUUUCAUUCAAACUGUAGAUGAAAGUUGAGUGAAAAAGUUACCCUAACUUGCAUUUUCAGGCUUUUCAACUGAAAUUACUUGAUUCUAUAACAUUCUUAGGCAAGACACUUCACUGUAAGAGAGUCUUCUUGUUAGCCAGCAAAAUAAAUGAUUGUGAGCAAACUAUUGAAGAAACUGAAAGGAUCAGGGAGGUGGGGGGGGGGGGUGAUUUUCUGUAAUGAAAUAGUCAAGGGAAAGGAGCAAUGCCUGUGGUCUCUCAAUUCUAUGGAAAAUAUUACCUCUGGUGGUAUGGGCUGUUCAACUUGUAUGUAGACAUGAGUAUUGAGCAGUAUUUUGAAAAUGUACUCUACAGGAUACAAACAUGAUGAAUCAAUCCAUGCAAUCAAUGUACAAAGCCACAAGUUCAGGUCAAAACUCUGAGGAUGAAGGAGAGCAUGAUCAGAUAACAGACCUUUCCAAAGCAAAUGAAAUGAUGCAAGGUAAACUCUGUACAUGCCACCACUAGAUAACAAAAUUUUCAGCAGGUUUCAAGUCAAAUUAGUUGGGUAGUGUUUAUAUUCUAGGUUUAAAAUGGAAUUUAGGUUAGAUGGAUGAUGAUUAUGAGGAUUUAUUUCAAUAAUAAUAAUAAUAAUGAUAAUUAUAAUAUUUAUCCAGGUAUUCUACCCCCCUAUGCAGUUUGUUUUUAAUGUCAUUGUCCAGAUUAUUACAGUUACUAGAAGCUUGAAAAGUAAAAGUUUGUUUGCCUCAAUAGGUGUGCCGCAAGGAAGAUGUAGAUCUUCUUGAACAAUGCAAAACAAAAAUUAAAUUACUUUAAAAUUGUUUUGACCUAAAUUCAUUUUAAACAACACUUGUUACACAAACUUACCUUUUAAACAAGCUCAUCUAUUGAACUCAGUUCCCAACUUGUAGAGGAGGUUUAUCACUAAACAAAUAAUUUUGCCACAGAGUUAUUGACAAAUUGCCAUGUCAGACCCCCCCCCCAUUUGCUAUCAACUGAUGUUUCAUUUUUUAUCUUAGAUACAGUUGUUCCAGGUAGUAAAAGUAUGCAUGGACAUGAAGAAAAGUCAAGCAAUGAAAUAAGCACCUCAGAUAUCAACCAAACCAUGAUGAAAGAUAUUGAUCUCUCAUCUGUAAGUAAAUUAUUUUCAUUGUUUGUUUAGACCAAAAGGACACUGUGAGGUAAAUUUUCACAGGCAAACACCUUUCCUCUCUUCCUUUGACUGAGAUAGUCAUGACUUUCUUGCAGUCAUUUAUCAGUCUUGAGUUGUUUAACCCUCUCACUCUCUAGAUCUCACUAACAGUUCUCCUUACUGUCUGAAAUACAAUUCUUAUAAUGUUAAUUUGGAGAACUUGGUUUUGGAUCAACUUAUAAUCUAGUUUUAUUCUUAUCACUUAUCUACUUGAUAUUGUAUUCACAUUAUAAGGAGAAAUUUGAUCUUUAUCACUCAUGGGAGCUAAAUGGUUAACAUGGUAUUUUGAAUAAGACAAAUAUAGCUGAAUAUCAGUUAUCUAGAAGCACCGGUUGUAGCUCUGAUUAUAGGCUGACAGAGUUGACAAGUGCUCUGAAAUUGUGUUUUAGAAUAAAAUGACAGAUGUAAAUGGGAAGAGGAAAAGAAGCCCCCUUAAAGAUGACAAGGAAACAGGGACAACACCCAAGAAAAGCAGGAGAAGUUUACAGAGGAAUGGUAAAGAAAAACCUGCGAAAGAUCCUGGUUAGAGCAAAAUUGAUUUUUCUUGUAUAUGAUUGAAUGUUCUGCAUACUUAAACUUGAGUCAAUUUAAUGAAAAAUUAAAGAACAAUUCAAGACUUCUUCCAGUUUUAAGAUCAUGAUGUUGUGAUUUAAAGGGAAAAGCUUGACUUAAAUGCUACAAGGAAACCCUUUGAUGUUGUGUUAACAACACAAAUCAUAUUUUGAUAAUUUUUUUUUUCUGAAGAAUUUGAGCUCACCCAAUCAUCAGUAAAAUUCUCAGAUAUUGGGGGUUGUGAUGACACUGUGGAUCAAGUUUGUAAACUGCUGGUUCACAUGAAGCAUCCUGAAGUGUUCCGCACGCUUGGAGUGACCCCGCCCAGAGGGUUCCUCCUUCAUGGUCCUCCAGGGUGUGGCAAGACCUUACUAGCUCAUGCUAUCGCAGGGGUAUGUUCAUUUUUUUUUACCUCAUGGCCAGUUUGGGUGUAGUGGUAUUGAUUCUGACAGCAGAGAUCCAUGAAAACUUAACCCUUAAUUAACUAUAAUCAAUAACUUACAAGUUCCAUCAUGCUACAGUUUAAUAUUGGCAAUUCCAAAAAAAAAUCAGGUUUGGAAAGGCAUGUUUUGGUUCUAAUGUUUCUUCACUGUACAAUGCUUUUGACAUAUGUUUGGCAAUAAAAAGCCAUAGGGGUCUCUUAACCCUUUAACUCCAGAGGUGAUUAACAUGUAACUUCUCCCUUUAAUAUCCAUUCAGGUAAUGAGAAUACUCAAACUUAUCAGGUAGAGGUUGUUCUCUUGAUCUAACACCAAAAUCUUGCAACUUAUUUAAAAGGGAAUAUGUAACAGCUAGAGGGGAGAAUUAACAAUUAGAUCUUGGGAGUUAAAUGGUUAGGCACUAGUAUGGCUUAAAAGUGGUGAAAAAAGAAUUACAUAUUAAAGUUCUGCAAAUUCAAACUGCAGCACAUUGGUGCCACCACUUUCAUUCAUGAAAAUUUAUCAUACAGUAACUUCUACCUGCAGGAGUUGGAAAUGCCUUUCAUCAAACUGGCUGCCACGGAAAUUGUGUCAGGAGUGUCAGGAGAAUCAGAAGAGAAAGUCAGAGAGUUAUUUUCACGAGCUGUGGUAUGACAGGAUUAUGUUGAGCAUGUAGUUCGGUUCUUUCUUAUAUGUUAAGAGAGAGGUCCAUUGUCAAUGCUCCAGCUCAGUAUAUUGAUUGAGGAUGAAGAGUUGAAGAGUCCAACUUCAGUUGAGAGAGUGUGAAAGAGAAUUUUUUUUCUCCUGUCCUAAAUUCAUUGUUUCCAGGAUUUUCAACCAUGCAGCUACUUAAGGUGCAUAGAGUUUGUUUGCACCAACUGUAGGUAGUUGAUGCACCCUUUCAAAGAAGCUAGCAGAAAUUUUGUGAAGCACUGUAUUGUCGAGGAAAGGAGCUCUUGCAGCCUCCUCAUAGCUGCUGUAACAGCUCUCUUGUAUGGAGUUCAUGAAUAGGAUGAAUGUAAAUUGUAGCCUAAAUCUGUCAUUUUUUUCUUAGGCCCAUUCUCCGUGUGUGUUAUUUCUGGAUGAAAUAGACUCUAUUACACCCAAAAGAGAAACAGCUUCCAAAGACAUGGAACGGAGAAUUGUGUCACAGCUUUUGACUUGCAUGGAUGGUUAGCCAAGUUAAUGAAUGAUAUUGAUAAAUCUAUGCCAUUUACCAAUGAGAGCUCACACGUGUUAGCAAGCAGUGAAAUGGUUUAGAUCUUUCUUCUCUAACUGUUGACUGUUGCUGUUGAUCUUUUUAACCUGAACUGUGGAGGGAUAACAUUCAGUUUUCUUUGAUUUUCAGACCUGAACAGCAACUCAGAUGUUCAAGUCAUGGUUAUAGGAGCAACCAACAGGCCGGAUUCGCUUGAUCCUGCACUGCGUCGUGCUGGUCGGUUUGACAGGGAAAUCUCUAUGGGCAUACCUGAUGAAAAUGCAAGAGAAAGGUCUGUUACUUGAUGCACUCUUUUCACCAUCAGAAUUUUCUGUUUUACAUGCAGUUAUCAGUUGAUUUCAAAAUAGCUUACUUCCAUUACAUCCAUUGUCUUUUGUUUUUGAUUAAAUCCUGACUUACUUUCCACAGUCAAUUGGAAAUUGCUCUAAAUUUGGUGAACUUGACUUGACAUGCUACGUUUUCCUGCCAAUCUCAAAUUACUUUCCCUAAGUUAGUGGUAUUCUCAUUUUCUCGUUCCGUAGGAUUUUGAGAGUUCUUUGCCAGAAGUUGAGGCUAGAAGAAAAUUUUUGUUUUUCUGUGCUGGCUCGUCUUACUCCAGGAUUUGUUGGUGCAGAUCUUAUGUCACUUGCAAGAGAAGCAGCCUUGAUAGCAGUUAACAGGCAUGAUAACACAUUAAUGUAGCAAUGCUUGUACAAUAAUGUUAUAAUACUGUAGCAAUGUUCUAAUGUUCUUAUGAUACAUAAUAGUAAUAGGACCAAGUGGAGUCCAAUCCUGUCCGUAAUCAUACGAGUGAUUGACAAAAUCGGACCACCGCUAAGCGGGAGUCCGAUUUGUUAAUCACGAGUAUGAUUACACACCGAAUUGGACGACAAGAAGUCCUGUUACCAAUUAAUCAAAACUGUGACAAAAUUUGAGAAAGAAACUAGACAUCGGUUGUACGUUUUCAUUAAAAAAAAUCAACAGUUAACUCGGCGAAAUGCGAGACAACAGCGCACACACAUGACGCGUUCUGUCCACUUACACAGGCAUGACGUAUUAACUGUCCCUAUAAUUGUCCUAUCACACUGUCCAAUUACAAGCAUAACGCGUUCACUGUCCUAUUAGAGCUCAAAUCGGGCUGGUGAUAACCAAUCACUUUCGAUAAUUUUUUUUCAUAGUUUUGCUAAAGCAGGAAACUGUAGGUUAGCUUUUCCUUUUACAGCCUAACAUCAGUAUGCGUAUUCUCCAUACUGUUCUCUAUAAAUUUCCUGUGGUGCUGAAAAGGAGAAUUCAUUUGAUUAACAAUGCUUCAAACGUAUACCGUAAGUGGCUCCUUUUCAUCUUCUUGAGUAGUUUAUGGCAUCUUAGUUAGGAAUCUUCUUGGCCCUCCUUCCAGCCUAGAUUGUUGUGUGAACUGAAAAAAAACGGGAAAAUUGACACAUUUCAUUUAACUUUCACGACAAAUUGAACCAGCAAAAAUACGUUGCCUGUAGUUUACCCUGAACUUGAGUCCUUUGGUGCUUUCAGGAUAUUUCAAGAACUUGAAAGGAACGCAGAAAACAAGCGUGAAAAAAAUGAGACAAUGGCGACCACUGAACAACAGAAAGAGUCUGACGGGUUACAGGAUAUAAGGGAAUCCUCUGAUACUGUUCCUAGGUCAUUCAGUGGUAAGUUUAAUACUUUAGGAACCUUAAGCAGUCAGCACGGGGAGGAAAAUUUCGUGGUAAAAACCUGUGAAAAGAUUCACCUAAAAGAUGCCCUGUAAAUCUCUGAAUAGUUCUUAUCUCAAAGAUGACGACAGACCAGGUUUCAAUACUGAAUGUCGUAAGUAAUCUGGAAUUACGUUGGUUUUGCUUCACGAUUGGUUGAGAAAAAUCACGCCACCCCCUCAACCAAUCAGAUUCAAAGCGAAAACCAACCGCGUUUGGUCACUUGUAAUUUCCCGCCCAUUUUUACUGUGAAUUUUCAUUGGCUUGUUGUGAUAGUUUCCUUAGUUGUGAUUGGCCAUCGUGACUACUUUGGUUUUUAUGACACUCAUCCGGUAGGCGCUCAAAUUGAUUGCAUUUGGAUUCUCUUCUUGUUGCAGUGACUGAAUGGCUAAAAGAGCAAUCACCGCUGACAGAGAAUGAGUUAGAGAAGCUUUGUAUUAACAUGGAUGAUUUCAAGGUACUGGAUAUGUUUUCCCGCGCUUCAAGCAGUUCCCUUGAUUUCACUUUGAGUUUACAUUGGCAGAUGAUAAUGUUAACUUUUGUCCUGAUUGAUCGCUGAUUUUUUCUUUGGUUUUGGUUUUGGUUUUUCCACACUCCGUUGAAAACCGCUUUAAUUCAACUAGCUAAGUGUUUUUUUCUGUUUCUCAAAAAUAUUCCGUACUUGAAUGACUGUAGAUAUAUGUGAACUGCCGUUUGAGAAAUGAAUAUGAGAGCGAUCUUCGCAGUAAUGAACACUACUUAAGCAGUAGUGAAAAUAAGGCCUGAAAAAAUUCAGGCCUGUACGGGAUUUGAACCCAUGACCCUUGCGUUACCGAUGCAGUGUUCUACCUACUGAGCUAACAAGCCAACUGGGAGCUGGUCAUUAUAUUGGUUCGUAAUAAACCCGUGAAGUGAUGAAUAAAUGACUGUUGAUAUAUGAAAAUCAUGUAUUCCUUAUUUGAUAGACAGCCUUGUCUCAAGUCCAGCCUUCAGCAAAGAGAGAAGGAUUUGCCACCAUACCUGGUGUGACAUGGGAAGAUGUUGGAGCACUCAAAGAUGUCAGAGAGGAGCUUACUAUGGCUAUUCUGGUAAACACACCUUGCACUUACCCUUAAGCCGAUUCCCGUCGAAGCCUGAAUUUAUUCUUUCUGAAAUUUCUUAACCCUUUGCCCCUACGAAUGACCACAAUGAAAUUUCUCCUUACAAUAUCACGCCCGAGUCUCACAUAAAGGUCGCGAGAUUAAAGGAAAUGAUCCCCAGCCAAAGGAGCUCUUGAUUGUGAAACAAAUUCUCCUUGUCAGCCCUCGGGAAAUGUAAAGAGGGCAGAAUGGAGAAUUUACAUACUGAUGUUAGGGUGUAAAGGAUUAAACUUCCGCUAACCUGUGAGGAUAAUUUCUUCGCUUAUAAAAUCAUCGUUUAAAAUAUAAUUUAUUUCAGGUAAUUGUGACAGCUGGCCUUGUGGUAUCAAUAAAAGAAUUUUAAGUCAACUGACUGAAAAUCCAAGCGUUUACGGUUUAGUUUUCUGGGUUACAAUAUAUAAUUUUAUUGACUUCCCAUUCUGUCAGGCUCCAGUGAAAUAUCCAGGAGAAUUCCAAGCGCUCGGUCUCACUCAACCCCCGGGGAUUCUACUGGCUGGACCACCAGGCUGUGGUAAAACUCUUCUAGCAAAGGUACACAAAACGAAGAGCUUAUGAUUAGCCCGCAGUAAUUCAAGUAAGAGAGUCAGGCAGUGUCAUUUCUUUGUAUUCUUCUUUGGCUUCUUAAUUUGGUGUUUCUUCGUCCGCCUCCUUUCUUAGCUUAUUUGUCUGCCACUAUUUCUGUCCCUUCGUCCGUUUCGGAAAACAGUCAGAAUGACCGACAGAUACACAGAGACAGACGUACAAACAGACAUAAACAGAUAGACGGACACAAAUAGACAAACAGAUGAGACAGUCGGACACACAAGCAUAUAGACCGACAGGCUUAGAUAGACAGGCAGACAGACAGAUACUGAUAGAUAUAGACAGACAGACUGAAAUCAGUUUUCAGCUGAGUGAUUGUAAAAAAAAACAAAUCACCAAUUGUGCGAAAUGAUUUUAAAUCCGCGUCUAAAUAUGUAAUCAUUUGAUUUGCCAUCCUUAAUGGUCCGUAUUUUCCUUGUCGUGUAGGCGAUAGCAAAUGAGUCCGGCAUCAAUUUUAUCUCCGUCAAAGGACCAGAACUUCUUAACAUGGUAUGUUGAGACUAUUGGGUGACAAAUAGAUCGAAUUUUGUUCGAUGGCAUUUGUAAAGCUCACGCGACGUUUCAUUGUUGUGUCGGGUACCGAUCAAUGCCCACAGAAAACAGUCAUUUACUCUUACACAGAGAUACCGACAGGAUAAACCGUUGGUUCACAGAAGAAUGACAAUAUUCUCUUCAGUACUUUCGUAUUUUUAGUGAUGUUUGUUGAGUACUGUUUAUAAAUAUUUAUGGCUCAGCUAAGGUUUUUUUUAAUAGUUAAUAAUAAUAGUAAUAAUAAUAAUAAUAAUAAUAAUAAUACUUAUACUUAUCUAGCGCCAAUAUCAAUAUUGCUAUUUUCAGCGUUUAAUAGUUCCAUGGAAAGUUUCCGUUCACAAUGAGUAAUGAUAUAUAUUUUAUUUGAUAUACGGAUUAAAAAUCAAACAAUGUAGUGAUCCUCGCAAGCGGACUGUAAUUUCAGCCAUUGCACAAAAAACCUUGAAAAAAAUUUAGGAUUUGACGGGAUUCGAACUCAGGCGUCCCAGAUGAUAGUUGGGCGCUACCACCAACUGAGCUUCAAAGCUACAUGUUGGGAGCGGGGCACAUUUUAGAGGGUACGUCUUUCUAGCGGAGAAAUCAGAUCACAAUUUUUAAUUAAAUAAAUGUCAUUUGAGCCGCAAUUUUAGCAAUUGCACCUCACUUAGGAGGAUUAUUGCUUUAAUAGAGUUUAAAUUUUGUUUACAUGUCGCCCAUGAAAUUCGGUGAUACUUUUGUCAGUUUUGAACUGGUCAUUCUUAAGAAUUGAAUUUCCCAAAGUGACUUCAAUUUAUUGUUUAUUUGUUUGUUUCGUACAUUAUCUUAGUAUGUUGGUGAAAGUGAGCGAGCCGUUAGACAAGUGUUCCAAAGAGCUAGGAAUUCUUCGCCGUGUGUAAUCUUCUUCGAUGAACUGGAUGCACUCUGCCCUAGGAGAUCCGACAGUGCAGAGGUAACGUAAUAAUCUGGAGCUCAAUGCAAAAGACAAAAAUCAAAUCAAAGUAAAAGGUAACGUCAGCUUACGAGCCAGAAGUCUUAUCUUACCAUAUCAUGGUUUCCCUAGCAUUACGAGUAUUUAUUUUUUCGUCUUAGAAUUUGGGACACAACCAGCAGGAGUGAAAAGGCGACUUUACAACUCUGUGCACUUUCUCUCUUUUUUAUGUCACAUUUUUACAGAUUCAAAUGUGACAUUUAUAUGUUAACUGUCCCAACAUCUUCCAACAUCCAAAAAUGUUGCUACAAAAAUUUGACCAGUUUCAAACUUGAUCCGACAUCAUCCAACAUCAUGCAACAAGUUGCUACAGGGUGGCCAAACGUAUGCAACACGUUGUGCGCAAACGGGGCGAAGCUCUCGACCCAGCUUCUUACCGCUCUUUUAGCUACGCACGCCGUUGUCAACUGACGUUUCCGUCCUCUUGCUUAAUCACCCUAAUGUUGGAUGAUGUUGCGUUGAAAAUGUUGCGUGCGUUUGGCCGGGCAUUAACAUUUUCUCGUUACGGUUUCUAGUCUAGUGUAAACGUACGAGUCGUCAAUCAGCUGCUGACUGAGAUGGAUGGUCUGGAGGCCAGGAAACAAGUAUUCAUCAUGGGAGCUACAAACCGACCAGGUGAAACAAGUCUGUUAGUCGCUUAACCCUUUAACCCCUAGGAGUGACUAGCAUCUAAUUUCUCCUUACAAUAUCACCCCUGAAUCAAACAUUAAGGUCAUGAGAAUAAAGGAAAUGAUCACCAAAUGAAGAAGCUCUUGAUUAUUAAACAAAUUCUCUUUGUCAGCACCUUGGGAAAUUUAUAGUGAUUAGUAUGGAGAAUAUGAGUACUGAUGUUAGGGGGUAGCGGGUCAAUGAACUUUGGAAACCUUGAAAUGUGGCAAUAUUCAAUGGAGUGUCGGAGGCACUCCAGGACUACAGUAGUCGAGCUUUUUCGACGCUCUGCGAUUGGUAACUGAAGAAAACUUGUGUGUCCCUUUUCUGCCAAGUGAAGCCUAUUUCGGUUUAAUCACUUGCGUUUUGUCGCUCUUUUCGCCGGUCAUGUGAAUUCGCUUCGAGUUCUUGUUGUUUCCUUUCCUUUGGUUCUUGGUUCUUAUUGAUCGUUGUUGUCACUGCGGUUUUAGUUUUUCGAACCCCAAUCGAGAAGCACUUUAGAAGGAACUGACACCUGUUUAGUAAUAUUCUAAUCUUCUGUUCAUUUUUUGAUAGAUAUUAUCGACCCGGCUGUGCUGAGACCGGGACGACUCGAUAAAGUUCUGUAUGUUGGUCUUCCGGACACAGACGACAGAGAAGACAUCCUCAGAACACUCACCAAGGUAGGUGCAUUCUCAUUACACAUCUCAGUAUAAAACCAAAUUGACCCAAGCAAGUUCUCUCGAAGUAAAACUUUUGUUUGCUAUUGACUUCAGAAAGAAAAAUUGUCAACGACACUUUUCGAGAAAAAAUUUGACAAGUGUUUUCGCUCUGGGAUGAGAAAAAUUCCGCCAUUUUAGUUUGGUGUUCUUAUGGUCUCAAGCGUGAGCCCGCGAAAGUUCCUGCCAUGCGCAUCUGUUUUUCAGCUCUCUUUCUGGGAUUUGUUUCAGAAACUCGCGCCACUCUCUCUUGACCAAUCAUAUUCAAAACUGAAAUUAGUCACUCUCGUUUAUUUCUCAUAGUGUUUUGAUUGCCUGUUGUGAUUACUUUGAGUUUGGUUUUAUAAUGAGUUUUAUGUUUUCCUCACUGACCUCUUUAGGAUGGGAAGAAACCAUUGCUUCUGCCUGAUGUUAGUGUCCGAGAUCUUGCACAGGAUGAAAGAUGCGAAGGCCUUUCGUAAGUAUAGUAAAACCACGCGUCUUGCAAUGCUAAUGUUAUUUAAUGACGGCAUGCACGCACGCUAACAGCGCCGGUUUCCAAGUACGAAUUGAAAUGAACGCCGGUGAAACGUUAGGAGUACUCAGUUAUAGAAGUGGGGUAACGCGCCAUGGAUCAAUGGUUCGUCUGGGGAAGCAUAUGAAGUAUUACGAGCCAAGGACUCGUGUGUCCUCUCUCUCGCGCGUUUUACCUGAGUUCUCGUUAAGUGCGUGCCACGUUGGUUAAGUUUCCAAACCGUUUCGCUUAUGGCAUCAAUCUUUUCACUCUCUGCAGUGAUUAACUUCAGUUCUUGCGAACUGGAACAGAAUUCAUUGUAUUCAGUCUUGCAAAAAAAAGUCUCAAUAAUCCUAUACUGACAAUUCUCUCUUCCAGGGGAGCUGAUUUAGCGGCAUUGGUGCGCGAAGCUUGUAUGGUAGCUCUACGAGAACGAAUCCACGUGCACUCCACUGGUCACGAGUCCAUUGAGAAUCAACCUCCCCCGGAACAAAGCCCCUUAGGGGUGGGUAAGAGGCAUUUUUUGGCGGCCUUUCAGAAAGUGAAGCCGUCAGUGAGCAAGAAGGUAAGGAGAGAUACUUUACAAGAUUACUUCGGAAAACCUUGCCAUCCCAGUUGGUGUUCCCACGAAAUGAGUAUCAUCGUAAAGAAAGAUUUUUUUCAAAUAAGUCGUGAGGUCAAAACCAUACUGGUCGGUAGUAAUGUCGUGAAUCAAGUGUGAAAAAAUGAUCUCUUUUCUCAGCGACGGGUCAGAAUCAGUUAAAGGCGUGGAGCCUUCGGCUAGAUAUGCGAAAAACGUAUCAUUGAUUUUAAGAGUGCUCUCUUUUGCAUAAGAAUUCUAGAUAUACCUUCUCCUGUGCUUAACGCUUUUGAUGACGUAUUGUCUCGCAUUUGCGUUUCUCCCUACGAUAUCUUCCCUGAAUCACAUGUUAAGGUCAUGAGAAUAAAGGAAAUGAUCACCAACGAAAGAAGCUUUUGAUUGGUAAACAAAUUCUCCUUGUCAGCACCUUAGGAAAUGUAUAAAGAACAGUAUGGAGAAUAUGCAUACUGAUGUUCGGGUGUAAAGGGUUAACCUUGAUUUUGAUUUCUUCUAAAUAGGAUCAAGCUUUGUACGGAAAAAUGAGGACAUUGCCAACGACCGGACAACUGGUCUGA